CCGCAUGCCACCAACGUCACCGUGAGCUCUUCGGACGCAUCUCGCCAUGGGGGCUGAUGAAACUUGCAGAAGCCCAUUAUGAUGCUCGUGGGAUUCUGCUGGUGCCGUGCGGCCCGCCUAUGACGCAGGCCAGGGCUGGCUGCAGCCUGCACUUCUUUCUUAUAAGUCGCAUUGUCAGGAUUCAGGGACCACAAUGGAUUUCUCUGUUUGCCCUCUAUACAUUUGAAACGAAUUCACAUUUCCUGCCAGUCAAACUUCAUCACCAAGAUACACAAAAAAUCGUACGGUCUCCUAAAAGAUAUCAAGGAACCCAACAAUCAAGAUGUCUCUUGGCGGCGACGACUUGCUGAAGACAGAGGAGCUUCCCGGCGCUUUCCCAUCCGACGAUGCCAUCACCACCGAGACGGCGACGACCGGAACGCAACAAAACACAAAGCCAUAUCCCGAGCAGGAACUGGGCGCACACCAGAAUGUCGCCCAGGUAGGCGGCGCAAACAACAGCGGCAUUCCUUCUUCCCAGGGCCAGAACAUCGCGCACGCAGGAGCAGAGGGCACACCAGCACCAUCCAGAAGCACACAAGGCACGACACCAUCAGCAGAAACCCGGGACGGCGCCGCACAGCCCGUCAGCACGCUGGCAUCAGCAGCCAACCCCCUCAGCGGGCCCACGGCGGCCGCCGAUGACAAUAGCAGCCUGGGCCCGGACAACGCGCCCAACAUCACCGAGGACCUCAAGGCCGUCGGCGCCGGGGCGGCCACCGCGGUCACGGCGGCGGCCACCGCCGCGCGGGACGCUGCCAUCGCGGCCAAGGACGCCGCGGCGCCCGUGGUGAGCUCUGCUACCGAGCAGGCGAUGCAGGCUGCUGGCUACGCGACGGAGAACGCCGGCCCGGCGGCCAGUGCUGCUUCUGAGCAGGCCAAGAACGCAGCCUUGUACGCCAGAGACUCGGCCGUGCCCGCCGCCAACGCUGCGGUGAAUACUGUCCAAGCAAACGCCCCAGCCGCCCUAGGCGGAGGCCCAACGGCCAACACCGCCAGCCCGCGGGACGUCGCGCCCGAGGUGCCAGGCCAGGUCAAGAGCUCCCUCGUCGAGGCGGGCGAGUCCCCCGAGGCGGCGAGCAGCAGGCGCGCGGUGCACGACAAGGGGCAGGUCGAGGCCGAGCUCCUGGGGCACGCGAGGGGCCUGGGCGGGGAGGACGAGGCGGCGACGAGGCAGUUCAAGGACCAGCAGGCCCCCGUGGCCAAGGGCAUCCCCAGGCCGCCCGCCCCGGGCACGCUGGCGAGGCUCGACUCGGAACCGCAGACGCCUAGCGUCGGCGCCGCUGUUGUCCUCGGCACGGAGACGGAGAGGUCGUUCCCGCUGGGCUCGCACCCUGUCCACCACGAGGGGGCCGGGACCGGGCCCGAUGCUGCCGAGACGGGGCAGUUGGGUGGUGGUUCUGCCGCCGGUAGGCCCAUGGCCACGGAUGGUGCGCGGGCUGAAUAUGAUGUCCCACAACAGACGGGUUCGGGAGACGGUCAGUCUGCUGCUGCGGCGCGGCGGCCACCGCCUGUCGAGGACAAGGUCCCCCGGAGAGCGACCGAGGAGGAGGCCGUUGGAACCGGGCCGGGUGCCUACCAGAGCCUGAGCUCGGGGACGCCCAGUGGUGUUGCGCAGUAAGGGCUGUGUGUCGUGAGAUACAAGCCAGACGGGGCCGAGGUUGCGCGGUUAAUGUAUGAUUAUAAAGCUAGCCAGCCGCAAGUAACUUAAAGUAACAACUUAAUAUUUUCUGUUAUUUCUUUUCUUCUUCUAGAAACGCACAAUAUAGCUAGUUUGUUCCUGA